UUUAACAUGGCCGCAUGUUGAACGAUACUAGUAGUACCUAGUUUUUAAUAAUUAUUUUCUUUACUGUUUGCCGUUAAGAAAACGUGUUAUGUGUAUUUAAAGAUUGGAGCACUAAGAUUGUUGCCCUUAAAUAUAAAGUGUUAAAAUUACAAGUUUAGGGCAACGAUCCAAGAAAUGAUGCAUCACCCGAACAUGCAUCAUCAGCCGAUGUCUGGGCAUCCGCCGCAGCACAUUCCAGGCCAUCAGGGAUUGCCCCCACAUCACCAACUGCCGCCGCAUCAAAUGCAUAGAGAAAACAGGCACGUAACGUUGACUAGGGUGCCGUUAGGUCCCAGUGCGGGGGGUGGAGGAAUGGGUGGCCACGGCCGGAUGAGCGGGAUGGGCUCAAUGUCAGUACCGCCGCAGCAUCAUCAGCCACCUUCGCAGAGACAACCGCAUCCCAUCAGAUCAAUGCACCAUCAGCCAGCGCAACACCACUCUGUUCCACCGCAACAAGGUCGUCCGCUACGUCGGUACCCAAUGAGCGGGUACAUAGCAUCGGGUGCGGUACCGUGCCCGCAUGCGCCGCAUCACGCCGCGCAUUCAAACCACCCCUUGCAUACCGCGCGGGCCGCGAACAACACGCUACCAACUACAGGUCUGCGCAGACAGCCAUCGCCAAUACGGUUGGUGCAACCAAAGCACAACGUCGGCUUUGGUAUAACAACAGUGUCAGCGAACGCCAACGUACUAACAAAAGAACAGACACAAAAAGAGGAAGAUAACAAAGGCACGAGCGGCGCGGGAGCGGUAGCGGAACCGAAGAGUGAUAUGGAGACACAGGCGGGAGCGGGCGAGAAUGAGGCGAAUCGCCCGUCCGCUAACAUGGCCAACAGUAAAGAGAAGACACCAAUGUGCCUGGUCAAUGAAUUGGCCAGGUACAAUAAGAUUAAGCAUCAAUAUCGCCUCACAUCAGAGACAGGGCCCGCUCACAAAAAAGUAUUCACAGUGACGUUACGUCUGGGUGACACUGAUGAGUAUACAGCAGAGGGGUCGUCCAUCAAGCGCGCGCAGCACGCGGCCGCAAGCGCGGCGCUCACCAGCACGCGCUACCCGCCCCCGCCGCCCCGCGCACCGCCCGCGACGUCCGCGCACUCGCACCACUCGCGACACAACGGUGCUGUGAUGCCCACGGUGGAGCUGAACGCGUUGGCCAUGAAGCUGUGCCAGCCGGCCGUGUACUGCACGGUGGCUCCCAUCCCGGGGCGUGUCAGGCCGCGUGCUCCUCCGUUCCGUGUCCCGUGCAUGCCCUACCCGCCACCGCCUAGCCUCAUCGACCCCGGACCGCCGCUCAUAUACAGAGUGCGCGUGUGUGUCGGAGGUCGCGCGUGGCUCGGCGAGGGAAGCAGCCCGCAGGCGGCGCGACACGACGCGGCCGCACGAGCGCUGCUCGACCUGCGACCGCAGCAUCCGUCACCCGACCCGCCCGUUGCUGGAGAAACCGAGGCUGACUUGUUGAACUCUGAAGUUAAAUCUCCUGUCUCGCUGGUGCAUGAGCUCGCUCUCAAACGGAAUCUCAACGUUAUCUUUUCCGUCAAGUCGGAGCGAGGACCGCCACAUAUGAGGGUGUUUAUAACGGUGUGCAAAGUUGGUGAUAUGGAGACAGAGGGUGAGGGCAACGGGAAGAAAGUAUCGAAGCGACGUGCGGCCGAGUGCAUGCUGGAGGAGAUGAAGCGACGAUGGCCUCCGAGCAUCCUCCGCAGCAAGCCGGCGCAGGACAAGAGGAGACACGUGCCCGUCAAGAAGAAGCCAAGGAAUCUUAUCAAGGAAGGUGCGGCCCUCGAUGGUAGUGCUGAGAGCGGCGUGGGCAGUGCGGUGGGCAGCGGCGCGAGCGCGCUCGACAACCCGAUAUCCAAGCUGGCCGUGGCCCGCCACGCGGCCCGCGCGCGCUCGCCGCAGUACCGCGUGCUGGAGGAGCGAGGCGCCGCGCGCCGCAGGGAGUUCCUGGUGCAGUGUGACGCGCCGCCGCACUGCGCCACCGGGCUGGGGCCCAACAAGAAGACGGCCAAGCGACGCGCCGCGCACAAUGUAUUAUUAGCAAUGGAGAUGGCUAGUUCAGGAGAGCAUGCUACGGGAACAGCCACCGCAGAUACGGCGACCAACGGGGCGGGAGAUUCAAUGAACAAUACUGCUGAUGCUAAACGAAAGCAGAGUGAGGUGUCUGCGGGAGGUGCAGGGGGCGAGAGUCGGCAGCCUGUCCCCGGUGUGCUGAUGGUGGACUACCACGCGCGCAGCAGCCAGGCCAACGGUGUGAACGUGAGUGAGAGCAGCGUGGUGGGCGGCGGCGGCAGUUCGCCCGGCGCUAAAGAACAACUCAUGUAUCUCUCCAAGAUAGCGGACUUCACUGUGCAAUUCUCAGACUUUCCCAAGCGCAACCACGGCGAGUACCUGUCUCUGGUGUCGCUGUCCACGUCGCCGCCCGUCAUGUGCCACGGCGGCGGCGCCUCCACCGCGCUCUCCCACGAGCAGUGCGCGCGGGCCGCGCUGCGGGCUCUCGCGCUCAUGGGCGUCGACACCCGCCACCCGGGACAAAGCCCGCCAGGAACGGGCGCGAACAGUGCGAUCACAAACGGAGUAUCGGAGUGAUCGCUUCCGAGUUAUUGUUGAAACCAAACGUCUUUUUCACUUGAUUUGCAAUAUAGUACCAAUGUGUGAAUAUUUCUCAGCGCGAAAUGUGAACGUUCGGGACAAUAAUAUCUCUUUUGUGCACUUGAAACUUUCAUGCUCUGAUAUAUUCACAAGUUUAAUUGUUGUUUUGAUCUCGGGUAUUGGACGUCGGCGUCCAUUUCUUAUUUAGUCCUUUCUAAAAUGUUUAUUAUUUGUUAUGUAAUGAUCUUUUUGUAAUGAGCCGAUCGCAAAACCUUACCAUUUACACACGCAGGCGGGCAUAUUAUGUACUUGUAUCGAAUAAAUAUUGUUUGAGUGAGUGAGGUUGUAGAUCUUUGUUUUACAUUGAGUGUAAAACUGCUUAGGUUACGUUUAAAAUAGUAUGUUUGUAAGUAUGGCAGACGUGGCAUUGUAGAAGAGUCACGUCGCUACUUGUUUAGGAAGAUUUAUAUCGAAGCUGUGUAGUCAAAGUAUAUGGAGUGAUCGAUAGUUCUGUGACUGACCAUUAUUUGGUUGUGGUAUGGUCACUUUAGAAUAAUUUUUUAUGUUACUUGUUCUUCAAUAUUUAAUCAUCUAUCAUCUAUCCGAAUGUUGGUCUAAAUAUAAUGCUAUUUUACAGCCACGGGUAGAUUUUUAGCACCUGACCGAAAAUAGCGAUUAACUAGCUUUUAGUUUUAUAAUUUUUUUUUCAUAUGUUUAGAGAGCAUUUUUUUUGUUAUUAGAAAAUGUAAGAUAAAAAUGAGUAUAGUGAUCUCUGAUUAUAUAGAGUGCAUGUAGGUUUGGUCACCUGCCCAUGUACGAGCGACUGUUGCAUCAUGCGGCCAUGGUGACACCCUUAGCUUAGAUUGUAAGCUGCAACCGCGCCCUGACACGUGGCAUCAGUGUUACGUGGACGCCGAUAUUACGUCAUUACAUACAGCAAUUUAACAAUUAAAUUUUUUCAAUUGGAUAUGUUCGUCAAAUUGAGUGCGUAAUAAAUGCGCACCGAGUUGCUACAGCGUCCACAUUACACGCAUGCGCGUCGCACGUGUCCGGGCCGGUUCACAUCGGCGCACUCCUUGUACCACGUGGCUUAUUAAAACGUAACUAUUGUACGAUUCUCAUCCCUCCCGCUAGUUCGUUCGCACACCAGGAGUGCGCCGAUUCCCACGGCGUGGCCUCGAUUUUUACUCCCGACCCUUCUCUUUGAAAUGUGUAAUUUAGCCUUAGGGCCGAUCUUAGGAUCUACUUACUGUACGCACUAUUAUUACGACUAAGAUGUUGCUUGUUUAAUUUUAGUCUUAUAACAUGGAGGUUAGGAUGGGGUAACGCGUAACUUCGUGUAAUAUCGGUACAAGUGAUCGGUUAUGUUAUAGUUUUUAUUUAUUUAGAUUACAAUUGUUAUGAGCCUGCGGCGACCCGAUCAUUUGUAGGAUUUAUUCACCGAUUGUACAUUUCACAGUCAUGGGUCCACUAUUGCUUUUGUCUGUGAAUCGAUAUGAUUCCAAGUUUAGUACUUUAAGAAAUUUCUUGCAAACUAUUUGAAAUCGAGGCCAUAACAGAACAAUUUCAUCGUGUUGAAUGUUACACAAGUAAUAAAGCAUAAUGAAAUUGAUAAAUUGUUAUAAUAUAUUCUACCGAAAAUUGCCAUAAAGGCAUUGAGAAGUAAUUUAUUUAUUUUGUUCCGAGGAACUCGUAUUUUAUAUUAUAUAAACAAGUCCCAAACGAACUCCUUGCAAAUAACGAUUAUGUAAGCGAAAACGUAAAAAAACGUAAAUAAAGUUAAAUGUACACAA